AUGUCUCAGAAAUUUAUUGCCGAACUUCCACUUUCUUCCUCCGAAAUAAUAUAUCCAAACUCUCCGUUUUACAGACCAGAGAGUUCCACUUGGGCUCUUCAGAAAGAUUUAAAGCCUAAGAUCAUCGCUCGGCCCUGCACGCCUUCGUCUCUGGCAGCUUUGCUUUCUUUUUUAUCAAACUCUAAUCUGGAUUGGGCGGUCCGAAGUACUGGGGUGGGGUCCUCAUCUGCCAGCGAUGUGCUGAUCUCGUUGUCUGCUUUUGAUCAAUUCGAAUACAAUGCAGAAGAUCAGACUGUGAUUAUUGGUGCAGGGCAAAGUUGGGGACAAGUUGAUCGCAAAAUCGAGGAAAGUGCCCCGGGCCAUGCUGUGCAAAAGGUUAAACGACAACCACAGUGGUUGGCGCUCGUUGCACAUACGUUGGAGUUGGCGGGUCCAUUCUUGCAGGUGGAAUAUCGUGGUUGUCUUCUGAAAAAGGUCUUGCUACCGACCCGCACAACAUGCUAG